ACCAGAAAAAAGGAAAACAAUCCCAGCGAAGGUGCAACACAAAUUUCGGAAUGUCCACCCUAACUCGUCCAAAAUCUCCCAGAACGCCCACAUCCGGGCGUGCGGAUAAGGAAGAAAGCAUCUGGGAUAAAAUCGGAACCCUGGGUAGAAAAAAGCGCAUAAAGGAAGUGCAAGAAAUCCAGGAGGAAGGCAAAAUUGCGAUCGACUCGCCCGGAAGCCCCAAUGCACCGAUCAUCCCGCCGGAGGACUACAAUCUGGAAGAUAAUGAAUCUCGUUCGAUCAUACAACCAGCAUCGCUGCAAAUGCCAAAGGUGAAAGAACUGUUGCAGGUGCUGAUCGAUUGGAUCAAUGAUGAACUGGUGGAGGAGCGUAUCAUCGUCACCAACAUCGAGGAAGAUUUGUACGACGGUCAGGUACUGCAAAAGUUGUGGGAAAAGCUGUCCAACAACAAGCUUAACGUACCGGAAGUAACACAAUCCGCUGAAGGUCAACGGCAGAAGCUGUCCGUCGUGCUGAAUGCUGUAAAUCAUACUCUCGGCUAUCACCACAACACCCCAAAAUGGACGGUGGAAAGUAUACACACGAAAAACAUUGUCUCAAUUUUGCAUCUGCUAGUCGCUCUGGUACGCCACUACCGUGCACCGAUCCGCUUGCCGGACAACGUCUUCGUGACGGUGGUGAUGGUCCAGAAACUAAACGGAAAGCUCACAAGCCAACGGUUCCAGGAGCAGAUUACCCAAUCGUACGAUGACGUCGGUAUGCGAUGCGAACCAGACGCAUUCGAUACGCUAUUCGAUCAUGCGCCGGACAAGCUGAAGGUGGUACAACGAUCGCUGAUUUCGUUCGUCAACAAACACCUCAACAAGCUGAACUUUGAAGCGGCCGAUUUGAACACCGACUUCAAGGACGGUGUAUUUCUGUGUCUGCUGAUGGGGCUGUUGGGCGGAUUUUUCGUGCCGUUGCAUGAUUUCCAUCUCACGCCGAAGGAUGCCGAUCAGAUGACGCACAAUGUGGCGUUUGCGUUUGAGCUGAUGAUGGAUCAGGGUUUGAGACCGAAGGCACGACCUGAGGAUAUUGUUAACAUGGAUCUUAAGUCCACGCUACGAGUGCUCUACACACUGUUUACGAAGUACAGAAACAACCCUUGA